AUGGUUUCCGCUAUUUUAUCCAAGAAAAGAAAGUUAGUCGCUGACGGUGUCUUCUUCGCCGAAUUGAACGAAUUCUUCACCAGAGAAUUGGCCGAACAAGGUUACGCCGGUGUCGAAGUCAGAAAGACCCCAACCAAGUUGGAAGUCAUCGUUAAGGCUUCUAACACCCAAGGUGUUUUGGGUGAACAAGGUAGAAGAAUCCACGAAUUGACCUCUUUGAUCGUCAAGAGAUUCAAGCUCUCCCCAGAAGGUAUUGUUAUCUACGCUGAAAGAGUUGAAGAAAGAGGUUUGUCCGCUGCCGUUCAAGCUGAAGCCUUGAAGACCAAGUUGUUGUCUGGUUUGCCAAUCAGAAGAGCCGCUUACGGUGUCUUGAGAUUCGCCAUGGGUGCUGGUGCCAAGGGUGUUGAAGUUGUUAUCUCCGGUAAGUUGAGAGCUGCUAGAGCCAAGUCUCAAAAGUACUCUGACGGUUUCAUGAUCCACUCCGGUCAACCAACCAACGACUUCAUUGACAUUGCUAUCAGACACGUCUUGAUGAGACAAGGUGUUUUGGGUAUCAGAGUCAAGAUCAUGAAGGACCCAGCUUCGAACAAGACCGGUCCAAAGGCCUUGCCAGAUGCUGUUAAGAUCUCUGAAGCUAAGGAUGAAGAUGAAGUUAUCCCAGCUCCAACUGUCAAGUCUUACAAGCAAGCUCCAAAGGAAGAAGAAGAAGCUCAAGCUUAAAUUUUAUAGUAAUAUAAUAAUAGGAUUGACUUGCAUUUAC